AUGUAUUACCCACGGGUACCUAUGUCUGACUGCGAGGUCGUGUAUUACAUCGGAAACAAUGAACGUCCAUUACUAUUGCGACAGCGGUCUUCGCAGUCAUUCAUUGUGAAGACGAUUGCGCUCUCUCUUUUUGUGGACGUGUUUGUGUACGCGAUGCUCGUUCCUAUCUUGCCGACAGUUAUUGUAUCUCGCAGCGAGGUGCCAUUUGAAGAAUGCCAAUAUUGGAACAGUGCUCUCUUACUAUCGGAGGCCGCGUCGACACUUUUUUUCAGUCCCAUCUUCGGGUUUUUUCUUUCUUUUCCCGGCAGUCGUCAAGACCUCUAUUUCUUUGGUCUUGUAUUCCUCUUCGGGUCCAUCGCUUUAUUCACAACAGCCCAGUCAAUGCCCUGCUUCAUCGCUGCAAAGGGGCUACAAGGCGCUGCAACUUCAAUGACAACUAUGGCCGGGAUGGAGAUUUUGACCGACGCAGUCGAUAAGCAUCACCUCGGAGAGUUGUUUGGUUAUGUCGGCACCGCCAAGAGCCUGGGCCUCAUGUUCGGACCACUGAUAGGAACCAUGAUAUUCGAAUACGGUGGAUUUUAUGCUAUAUGUGGAAUGGCUUUCGGGCUCAUUGCUCUUGACCUGAUUUUACGACUCGCCGUGAUCGAGAAGAAGGUUGCGGCACGCUGGAUCACCUUGCCCGAAUACUGUCCCUGCAAAGGCCAUAAUUACACAUCUGGAUAUUUCUCUUGCGAGACUAUAUUCAAUAGAGACCAAUCGAGGCAGAGAUCUGACACCGGCAGCUCAAUGGCCUUUUUCAAGCUUCUUGGGCAGCCUAAGAUUAUGAUAAGCCUGUGGGCGGUCAUUGUCAGUGGACUAGUUAUUUCUGCAUUUCACACGCAUGAACUGCACUGGGAUACACUGAAUACUGGAUUGAUAUUCAUCCCACUAGCCUUUGGCGCGUUUCUCCAGCCUUUAUUUGCGUGGAUGUGCGAGCGUUUCGGAUCUAGAGCCAUUGCUUUUGGCAGCUUCGCUCUUCUGUCGCCUGCCUUGAUUUCCCUUCAUUUUAUUGAGCAAAACACUACACUUCACAAGUCCAUUUUUUACGCUCUCUUGGCUGCAGUUGGACUUUGUCUUGAUAUCUGUGGACUAGCACUGUUGCUUGAAAUUCAACGAGCACUCUCUGAUAUUGAAACAGAGAACCCCGGGAUAUUUGGAAAGAGUGGAGCAAUCGCACAAGCUUUUGGUCUCCAAACCGUGGCGCAUUUUGGGGGUCGCGCACUCGGCCCUAUCCAAGGGGGCUUUAUCUCCUUUGCAUAUGGAUGGAAAGUAAUGACACUCGGGCUGGCCGACGACGACGAUGACGACAACUUCAAUGAUGAUGACUUUGAUGAUUAG